UGCAUCUGUAGAGUGAAGCUAUCUUUCCAGAAAAAAAGUUAUUUAAAUAAGCAGCUGAACUGCACACCACAUGCACAGAUUAGGAAAAGAAGAUUUUCUGUUCUCAGUCUGCACAGCAAGAAUGUACUGGAAAAAGCAGUAGAAAGCAGCAAUGAAAUAAAGGAUUGUUAUCUAGUGAAUUAUCUUCUCAUCCUCACACAAUCCAGCUCAAGCAGUACCUGCAGGUUUGUCAGCCUCUUCCAUUCACAAGUUGAGAUAUUCAUUUCCUGGCCUGGAGUAAUGCAACAUAGUAUUUGUACACCUCAUAGCCUUUGAAUUAUUAACAUGACAACCAGCAGCCGCACGUGUCCAGUACCAACCGUGAAUGGACAUAUGAAUCACUAUCCAACAGCCCCAUAUCCAUUACUUUUUCCUCCAGUCAUUGGUGGACUUUCACUUCCUUCCCUUCAUGGACUCCAGGGUAACCCACCACCAAGUGGAUGCAGCACCCCAUCACCUGCAACCAUCGAAACUCAGAGCACCAGUUCUGAAGAACUUGUCCCAAGCCCACCUUCUCCGCUUCCUCCCCCUCGUGUUUACAAGCCCUGUUUUGUCUGUCAGGACAAGUCAUCUGGAUAUCAUUAUGGCGUCAGUGCCUGUGAAGGAUGUAAGGGUUUUUUCCGCAGAAGUAUUCAGAAGAACAUGGUUUACACGUGUCACAGAGAUAAAAACUGCGUUAUUAAUAAAGUCACUAGAAAUCGCUGCCAGUACUGCAGACUACAGAAGUGCUUUGAAGUGGGAAUGUCCAAAGAAUCUGUCAGAAAUGACAGGAACAAAAAGAAGAAAGAGCCUUCAAAGCAAGAGUUUACUGAAAACUAUGAAAUGACUGCAGAGUUGGAUGAUCUCACUGAGAAAAUUCGAAAAGCUCACCAGGAAACCUUCCCUUCUCUCUGCCAGCUGGGGAAAUACACUACGAACUCUAGCGCAGACCAUCGGAUUCGACUGGACCUUGGGCUUUGGGACAAAUUCAGUGAACUUGCUACAAAGUGCAUUAUUAAAAUAGUGGAAUUUGCAAAACGAUUGCCUGGCUUUACAAGUUUGACCAUUGCAGACCAGAUCACUCUGCUUAAAGCAGCCUGCCUGGACAUCUUGAUCCUUAGAAUUUGCACAAGAUACACACCAGAGCAAGACACUAUGACAUUUUCAGAUGGCCUUACCCUAAACCGAACUCAGAUGCACAAUGCUGGAUUUGGUCCGCUAACUGACCUUGUGUUCACAUUUGCCAACCAACUCCUGCCUUUGGAAAUGGAUGACACAGAAACAGGCCUACUUAGUGCCAUCUGCUUAAUUUGUGGAGACCGCCAGGACCUUGAAGAACCAGCAAAAGUGGAUAAGCUACAGGAGCCAUUGCUGGAAGCACUGAAAAUUUAUAUCAGAAAGAGACGACCCAACAAGCCUCACAUGUUUCCAAAGAUCUUAAUGAAAAUCACAGAUCUUCGCAGUAUCAGUGCAAAAGGUGCAGAACGUGUCAUUACAUUGAAAAUGGAAAUCCCUGGAUCAAUGCCACCGCUUAUUCAGGAAAUGUUGGAGAACUCUGAGGGACAUGAACCACUGACACCAAGCUCCAGUGGAAAUACAGCAGAGCACAGUCCUAGCAUCUCACCCAGCUCAGUGGAUAACAGCAGUGUCAGUCAAUCACCACUUUUGCAAUAAGACAUUUUACAGCUACUUUAGACAUUCCUAAUACCUUAUGUACAGGGGUGAAAAAAGCAAGAAAAACAUUUUUACUGCUGCUUAGUUUCUGGACUUAAUAUAUAUAUUAUAUUAAAACUCAAAAAGGACCAAGACUUUUCAUAUGUAUCAGUAUAUUACUCUUUGCUGUUUAAAUUCUUAAAACUAGAGAAUGUUUGAAACUCUAAAUCAGCCAUUUCAAUCAGCAACAAGAAACUAGUUAAGCUUCUAUUUUCUCUUCUGAACAACCAAGACUGCAUGGUGACAAGACCAAUCUCAAACUUUAAAUUCUGCUUACAUUUCUGACGACUUUGUACAUACAAAUGUACGGCUCUACUUUCUAUACUGGAUGUUUGGUGCUUUCCUUUUUUGUCUUGCAUAUCUAAAAGGAUCAGGACAUCAAGUUUAUAAAAACUGGACUACUUGUACACGUCCAGAUAAGAACAUUUAAAAAGACAUUCUGAUUUAGUUAGUAUGAAAAUGUGUCAUUGCUCUUUUUGAUGCCCUCAGUUUGCAUCUCUUAUUCCAUCUCCUUCCCCAUAAAAGUAUUCAAAAAAUACUAGCAGAAGGGACUUCUGUAUCAGUGUAACUACCAGAUCAGUUAUUCAGAUGUUAUUUGUUCUACUGUUAAUGUCACUUUAAAUUUUAAAAAGUGGUUUAUUACUUGGCUGAUGACAUAUCUACACAUUUUU